CGCCCCUAGGAAGGGGCUGCAGGGACGAGCACUGGGCACGGGACACCUGCCUCUGACACACGCCCGGGGCAGAUGAGGGACCUCCAGCUGCACCUGGGAAACCAGGUGCCAGGGACACGAUGCUGUCCUGAGAAUGAGCUGGUCCCCUGCCGGGUGUUGGCCAUGUUCCUGCACUACUUCUUCCUGAGCGCCUUCGCGUGGAUGCUGGUGGAAGGGCUGCAUCUCUACAGCAUGGUGAUCAAGGUCUUUGGCUCAGAGGACAGCAAGCACCGCUACUGCUAUGGGAUAGGAUGGGGUGUGCAUGGCUUCAUUAGUCCCCUGGAGGGAGGAAGAUGGAGACACCGGACUUCAAGGAGCCGGGAGAGAGUAGGGGUCCUGAAGGAGGGGCCACAGCAGGGAGGGGCACCUCAUGGCAAGAAGACGGGGGAGGGAUGCUGGUAGUCAAAUUGUCUGUUCUGUCCUGCAGUACGAACUGAACCUUUUAUAUCUUUUACUGAAUGGGGAACUAGGUGACGGGGAUCAAGAGUAUGCUUACCAAGAGUGCCCGGGUGGCUCAGCUGGUUAAGAGUCAGACUGUUGAUGUCAGCUCAGGUCUUGGUCUCAGCGUUGUGAGACUGAGUCCCAGGCUGGGCUCAGACUCUCACUUUCAGUGAGAGUCUCCUAGAGAUUCUCUUUCCCUCUGCUCCCUCCCCCGCAUGCUCUCUCUACAAAACAUAAAAUAAAAGUACACUUAUC